AUGGAGAACUCCUUCCUUCUUGAGACCAAUUCCUCCUGUGUAAACUGCACCGAGACGGGAGACGAGGGUCUGAAUAUAUCCAGUUCUGCACUGAGCCCCAGCUUCUAUGCUGCAGUGCCUGUCAUCUACUCCAUCAUCUGUGCUGUGGGGCUGACAGGCAACACCACUGUCAUCUAUGUGAUCCUCAAAGCCCCCAAGAUGAAAACGGUCACCAACAUCUUCAUCCUCAACCUGGCGAUCGCUGAUGAGCUCUUUACCUUAGUGCUACCCAUCAACAUUGCUGACUACCUACUCCUGCAGUGGCCCUUUGGAGAGUUCAUGUGCAAGCUCAUCAUCUCCAUAGACCAGUACAACACCUUCUCCAGCAUCUACUUCCUCACUGUCAUGAGCAUUGACCGCUACCUUGUUGUGGUAGCCACCACCGAGUCCAGGAAGAUGUCCUACCGCACCUACCGAGCAGCCAAAAUCGUGAGCCUCUGCGUCUGGUCCUUUGUCACAGUCAUCAUCCUGCCCUUCACUGUCUUUGCCAAGGUACACAUGGAGCAGGGACGCUCCCAAUGCGUCUUCGUGUUCCCCCACCCUGAGAGCAUGUGGUGGAAAGGCAGUCGGAUCUACACCCUGAUCCUAGGCUUCACCAUCCCCGUGUCCACCAUCUGCAUCCUCUACACCACUAUGCUGUUCAGACUGAGACGUGUGCACCUCGACUGCAAUGCAAAAGCCCUGGACAAGGCCAAAAGAAAGGUGACACUGAUGGUGGUUGUCAUCCUGGCUGUGUGCCUGUUCUGCUGGACACCCUACCACCUUAGCACAGUGGUGGCCCUCACCACAGACAUCCCCCAAACACCACUCGUCAUUGGUAUUUCCUACUUCAUUACUACCUUGAGUUAUGCCAACAGCUGCUUCAACCCCUUCCUCUAUGCCUUUCUGGACGACAGUUUCCGCAGGAGCGUUCGCAAACUGAUGGAUUGCAGAGCCACCACAUAA